CCGUCUUGAGAGUUAUCGUCUGAUACUUUGUCAGAUUUCAUUUACAUCGAUAAGUAUAAAACUUAUACCUCAUUUUUUUUUUCAUUAUCAUUCACUAGUUUUAUGACUCUCUCUCCCCCUUUUUCAGAAAACUUUCCGACAACAUAUCUGAGAAGAUCUCCUUUUUUAUUAUUGGGAAUCUCCACCUUGUGGUCGCCGUCAAAACAUUUGGUCAGACUUCAUUCGCAUCGAUAAGUGCUUAUUCAGGAAGAUGGAUUCAGGGAAUGCCUCAAUUCAGUCUUCGAACUCUAUUGGAGAGGAUGUGAGGAAAAGGAAAAGGGACAAUCGGAGGAGGGAGUUCAGUCCAGGAACUUGUGAGUCCUUCACGAAACGACCUUUCAACGAUGAAAUAUCUGAUGAUGAUGAUUUGUCAGACGAGGAGAGUGAUCCUGAUAUUCUUAGCAUUGACGAGGAGAUUGCUGGAAAUACAACCUCAUCUUCUGAAUCGGUUCCUGAAUCUUCAAGUGAUGAAGAUGAUGAUUCGGAUCAUGUUCAUGUCAUUGAGAAGGAGGAGGCUGCUGUAAAUGCUGUUGGGUUAAGGAGUCCAACAUGCAGGGUUGCGGAGAUAUUGGAAGAGUUCAUUGAGUCGGAAUCUGAGGAUUCGAGUGAUGAAGAUAAUGAUGACCCCAAAGACAAGGAUUACCGGGUUUCAUCAGAUUCUAGACAGCACGAUGAAUCAGAUGAUGUGAGCUAUCCUAUAAAACGAAAAAGAAAUGAAGAAGGAAAAAGUAAGUCAAAAGGUGGGCUCGUAACACAGCUUGCUGUUGAGGAUGAAAAGCAUAACAAGCGCCGUGCAUAUUUUCUUCGGCCACGCUCACUUUCUAGGUCCAAAAAGAAGAAGUUAAACCAUGGAAGCUAUAGUAGCCCCAUUCUAAUUAGUGAUGACGAGGAGUCUAAAUCCUCAUCUAAAGAAGACUGCGAGGUUGACGACUCGGUGCAAAAUGCUGUUCGAAAGGAUAGAAAGACUCAGAAUACGGUUCUUGAAGAUUCUGUAUUUCUGAAGUUUGCAGUUGAUUCUACAAUACAUGUUGAUGCUCAUGAUAAAUUCACUUCUCCUGAAGAGAAAGAGCAGGCUCCUGAAAAGGAAACACUUCCUUUAAUAUUCUGGUUUGAAGAUGAGGAACCUGUUUCCCCGGAGAAAGAAGAAUGGGAAAAGGAAAUGGAAGGUCUUUUUGUUGAAAUGGACAUCUUAGAAUCACAGAAUGACUUUACAAAUCCAGCUGUUUCGCCAAUGCAAAAUGGAGAAAUGAGUGCCUGUCAGAUGGGGAACGAUCAUCUUGUUCAAGAUGAACAAAUUGGACUCAUCUGUACAGUUUGUUCACAUGUGCAUUUGGAGAGCAAGUACAUCUUCCCUCCUUUUGCUGAGAGAACUCUAGGGAGGAUGGAAUAAACUAGUUUGGAGAGUUGCAAACUAUGACUAAAGUUGGGAAUUGCAGGGAAAGAUAGAAGUUUGAAUUUCAGAAGCUUAUAAAAUCUAAUUGGUUUGGUUGAAGCAAUUUGCUAGUUUUGACUUCCAUUAUGAGUAUAGUUCAAGCAUUUUAUCUCUUCGGACUUCCCUCUUCUUAUGAAUUCCAUAGAUAGUGAUGGUCGCGUCCAGUUGGCUUAAAUAACUGAUAGCCAUUACUCUGUGCAUACAAUCAAUAUCUUUUAAUGGCUUGCUAAGACACCAUAUACUAUGGUCGCACAGCUGUUCAUGAGCCGAAACUUAAUUAUUCUCAAUAUGACAU